UUCCGGGGGAAGGUUUGUGAGUGCGGGACAACAUGGCCGCCAGUGAAGGCGCAGCGAUGAAGAGCAGACUGGAGUUUGCGGUGCAGAUGACCUGUGAGAGUUGUGCCAAAGCUGUCCGGAACGCCCUGCAGGGAGUCAAUGGAAUUGACUCGGUGCAGAUCGACGUGCAGCAGGAGCAGGUCGUGGUGGACACCACGCUGACCUCCGGGGAGGUCCAGGCACUGAUCGAGGGCACAGGCAGGCGGGUCCUGCUCAGGGGCAUGGGGCCCAGCUCACUACGGGACCUGGGUGCAGCGGUUGCGAUGCUGGGGCCGGAGCGUGGGGUGAGCGGCGCCGUGCGCUUCCUGCAGCUGUCGGAGCAGCAAUGCAUCAUCGAGGGCACGGUGGACGGGCUGAGUCCCGGCCGUCACGGGCUGCACGUGCAUGCGCCGUGCCUCUUUUUGGGAGACCUGACCGACUCCUGCCACAGCUGUGGUGGCCACUACAACCCAGGCAAGAAAAAACACGGUGGGCCAGUGGACAAGGAGAGGCACUUGGGUGACCUGGGCAACAUCCUCGCCAACGAGCUGGGCCGGGCCACGUUCCGCAUGCAGAACGAUCGACUGAAGGUCAAAGACAUCAUCGGCCGAUCGAUAGCGGUGAACAGCGGAGAAGAUGACCUGGGCAGAGGGGGUCACCCCCUGUCUCGAAUCACCGGCAACAGCGGGGAAAGUCUAGUGUGUGGGAUCAUCGCUCGUUCAUCCGGCCUCUUCCAGAACACGAAGAAGUUCUGCGCUUGCGAUGGCGUGACGCUGUGGGAUGAGCGGCAGCUGCCGACGGGCGGGAAGCCCCCCCCUUCCCCCCACCUCAAACCGCCCCUCCCCCUCCGCCCCAUUCCCCCCCAUCCCCCAGCGCCUCACCCCCUCCACUCCCCCACCCACCCCCGUCCCCGCCUCCUCCCCUCCCCACUCCUCCCUCCCCCACUCCCCGACUGUGACUCCCCUCCC